CACAUGUCAUUUUAAUGCAGUCAGCUGUUGUUUGCUUUUAUUGUUGAUAUGAAAAUUAGAAAUUUAAAUAUUUAAGUUACUAUUUUAUUUAUUUUGUUAAUACAUACUUUAAGCGAAAUACAGUGUCUAAUGUGUCGUGUAAUUUGAAUACAGUUCCACAAUGUCUAGGAUUGUUCCAAUAUAUUCUAUUUCAUGUAGUUUACUGUUUAUUUUAUUUUUCUUGCAAGGAACCGAGAGUAACAUUUGCAAAUUUAACGUAAGAUUGAAACAAACAUUACACAAUGAAGGUUUUCAUAGGAACAUUACAUAUGAAAUAACAUUUGGAACAAAUUGCAAUGAUGGCGAAAGUAUGUUAUAUGAGGGAUGCUCAGUUGGUUUGGAGCAAGUUCUUCCUGCCGGUGUAUACUCCAGCCCUGAUGAAAUAGAGGAUGCUAGAUAUAAGACGAUAACAGUAUUCAAAAACAAAGUGAACAUAGAAGCGCCAGCGCAUGAGUCCAGCCCCAUCACAGUGCACCUGCUGGGCUCAGUGAGAGACGACUCGGUGUUCCUGUACCUGCCGGUGCACGCUCGCUACCACAGGCCUGUGGAAGGUGGUGGUUUGGCGAGGGUAGACAUUCCUCUACCUCAGCUGUAUUUGAACUGUGGGUCUAAUAAGUUGGAUCAAUGUGGAAUUGUCCCCAGCAAAAGCAAUGCAUUCUGCCCACAAAGUGAUAAACAAUGCCUUUGGAAGGAAGUUCCAGUACAGGUUUCCAAACCGUUGGUGUGGAAUAUACCAGUUGGAAACACGAACCACUACAAUAUUGUGAUGUUUGGAACUGUAGUAGCCGUUGUGUUGGGCUCCAUCUAUCUUUUACGAGAAAUACAUUGCUACAAGCUGCAACAAAAGGAAAAGAGAAGAUAAAAAGAAAAGUGUAUUUAAACUAAUUUAAAGUAAUUGUAAAAAUAAAAUGUAUUUUCUUAAUAGUGCUUAUGAAUUUUUUCGAACACCAGUGAUUUGAAAUAUUUUGUCUAAAAUAAAAAUUAUCAAAAAAUAUGAUGGUACCUUUAAAAACAAUUUUUUAUGUUGGUAUAAUGUUAUUGAGUCCAGUGAUUCACAAUUCAGUUUAUAUUGUUUACUUAUUAACGGCCUUACUAAUAAAAUGUUACCCAUUCGCUAUGCAAUGGAUUAGUCAUUGCAAUAACUUGUCUUGUUUUUAUGAUUGAUGUUUCAUGUGAGCAAGAGCAGGUAUAAAGUAUUGUAUAAAAUAAUUGUAUAAAAUGGUAGAAAAUUAUCCAUUGUUUAACUUUUUUUAGUAAGGCCGUAUCUUGGCCGUAUGUACACAUUCCAUGUUUAAUUUAUAAUCAUCAAAAUAUAUUUUGUAAGACUUAAGUACAAACCAAAGUAUCAGACAAAUAUAAUAUUAUUUAUU